GCGGAGCGGCCGGCGGGACCGGGCUGAGGGGACGCGGCGGGGCCGGGCGGAGGAGAGAGAGCGCCGGGCCCCGGCACCCAGGUCCUGCAGAAGAAGAUGGUGUAAGGCCAAGUGCAGCUGCCACUUCCAGUCCUGGCGUGCCCAGACCUCAGGGAGAGAGGAACAUGGCAGCAGCUCAGGGAGCAGGAAGCAGCUCAGCCGGACCAUCCGGACUCCCCAGCUCAGCCCCAGGGCACAGCAGCAAUUCCACGGCAGUGGCGGUGUGGGAAUGGCAGGAUGAAUUUGGCAGGUGGAGGCCCUACCGAGGGAACGUCUGCAGCUACAUUGAGCAGGUUUUUCAGGCCUCUCAGCAGAAGGGCAGGCCUUCAGGAUCAAGGCCUGUCAGCAGCAUCCCUUUGGGACAUGCAGAUCCUGUCUUGGCCCCCUACGUCAUCGACAUCCAAACCUGGACGCAGUUCCGGCAGGAUACAGGGACCAUGCGGGCCGUUCGCAGGCACCUCUUCCCCGGGGACUCGGCUGCCGGGCAGGGCAUUGUCUGGGAGUGGCAGAAUGAUGAAAGGGGAUGGUCCCCCUAUGAGAUGAAGGUCUGUGUGUUUCUGGAGCAAGCCCAUGCCACAAAUCACCAGCAAGUAGAUCUCGGACCCUUGGGCUACAACUAUGAAGUUGACUUUGCUGCUCAAGUCCAGACCAACAAGACCACGAAGUUCCGCCGCAGCAUCCAGAGGCGUUUGGACACCCCGUACCCAGUGACAGCCUCCCUGGCAUCCCUUCACACAGGGGUGGCUUGUUCCUGCCAGCAGUGCUGGCUGAACAGUGGGACUGGUCCCAUCACCACACGCUACCGCCAUUCCAUGAUAAACUUUCCCAACUCUUCCACUACUCAUCAGGUUUCCGGGAGGACAGCGUCAGUAAGUUCUUCCAGCGUCGGCUUCGUGCCCUAUAACAAACCAACUUUGUCUGGAGCAAGGUCAACACCCAGACUCAAUGCACAGAGCACCUGGGCUUUGCCUCAAGCUGUGGGUCCCAGCACAGGACUGUCUGCAGCUAAUGGAGUCAGUGCCCUGAACCUCCCAGUCAAGAUGUCCAAGCCCAGCAAGGUGAACCAGGCCCUGGCAGGCAUGACGGCUAUUCUGAUGUCAGCCGCUGGACUCCCCGUGCACCUCACCCGUGUGCCUCAAGCUGCCAGCACCCGUAGAGCCACUAAAAAACACAGCUCAGUUAAGGAGGGGAGGAAAGUGCCCAAGAAAGCUACACCAACUGAUCCAGAAGCAGUGGUGAAGAAGUACCUGGAAGAGAUGAAGGGCACUCCUGCUGAUGAGGACUGUAUCAUCUGCAUGGAGAAGCUCUCCUCCCCCUCAGGCUACAGUGACACGUGCAAGAGCAGCAGCAUCAAGGCAGAGUCUGUGGGUCGCCUGACCAGCUGCCAACACUCCUUCCACAUGCUCUGCCUGCUGGCCAUGUAUUCCAACGGGAACCAGGAUGGGAGUUUGCAGUGUCCCUCUUGUAAAACCAUCUACGGGGUGAGAACAGGUACUCAGCCCAAAGGGAAGAUGGAAGUCUCCACUUUCCCCCAGUCCCUCCCUGGGCACCAGGACUGUGGGACCAUCCAGAUCGUGUAUCGCAUCAGCAGUGGCAUCCAGGGCCCUGAGCACCCCAACCCUGGGACACCAUACACAGCAAGAGGCUUUCCUCGCUAUUGUUACCUGCCAGACAAUGAGAAGGGCAGGAAGGUCCUGGAGCUCCUGAGGGUGGCCUGGAAGAGACGCCUGAUUUUCACCGUGGGCACCUCCAGCACCACCGGCGAGAGCAACACGGUGGUGUGGAACGAGAUCCACCACAAGACAGAGAUGGACACAAACCUGAGUGGCCAUGGCUACCCUGACCCCAACUAUCUGGACAAUGUGCUGGCAGAGCUGGCUGCUCAGGGUGUCACUGAGGACUGUCUGGGACAAUGAGCUGAGGUUGGGGCCUGGCUGUGCUGUGCACGGGUCAGGGGCCCACCUAGUGCACUUAUUCCUGUUGCCUUAAGUUCCUGUGUUUGACCACCUGUCACACUGAGCAAUAACACUGUUCUGUGGGA